AUGAAUAAGUCUAGUUCAUUGCCUAUUACCAUCAAAAAUGAAUGUAAAGAAAAAAGUGUAAGGUGGACUAAUGAAGAAUGGUUAAAAUUAUAUAAAUAUGGUGGAUUAAUUAUGUUGUGUCUUCAACAAACAAGUAUGCCAUUAAUGACAAGAGCAGCAAGAGAUAGAAAUUCUAAUGAAGUAUUUUUGACAACAGUAAAUGUUUUUAUGAUGGAUAUAUUAAAAUUAUUUUUUUGUAUAUUUGUUUUAAUAAUUAAAGAAAAGUCUUUUGUUAAUUUUUAUAAAAAAACGGUAGGAAUUAUUUUUGGUGAUUGGAGGGAUACAUUAAAAUUAGGAAUUCCAUCAAUAUUAUAUAUAUUACAAAAUAAUUUAUAUUAUAUUUCAUUAAGUAAUCUUGAACCAACAACAUUUUGUGUUUGUUAUCAAAUGAAAAUUUUUACAACAGCUAUUAUGCUUAGGAUGCUUUUAAAUAAAAAAUUAUCCACCAUACAAUGGGUAGCAUUACUAUUUUUAUUAUUUGGGGUUGUUGAGGUACAAAUGCAAUACUCACCACCAAUUUCAAAGAUUGAUUCAAGUGAUCAAAAUCCAACAAUUGGUUUUAUAACUGUGUUUUUAAUGUGUUUUACGAGUGCUUUUGCUGGAGCUUAUAUGGAGAAAUGUUUAAAAAAGUCAGAUGUUGAUAUAUGGACACAAAAUAUUCGAUUAAGUUUAUAUGGAUUAGCUAUUGGAGGUGGAUCAAUGAUUAUUAAAGAUUUUAAUAAUAUUCAAGAAUAUGGAAUGUUUCAUGGAUUUGAUAUAUUAGUUUGGAUAUUAACAGCUGUUAAUUCAGUUGGUGGCUUAUUAAUUGCUUUAGUAAUGAAAUAUGCUGAUAACAUUCUUAAAGGAUAUGCUCAAUCAAUGUCAAUUGUUGGUGCUGCAGUAGGAUCUAUGUUUUUAUUCAAUUUUUCACCAAAUUUUAUGUUUCUAUUUGGAACAGCUAAUGUUAUACUAUCAAUUAUUCUUUAUUCAAAUUACCCUUAUGUAGCUCGUUCAUAA